ACCACCACGUCAUUACACGUGUUCUCUCCCUCUUCAGCAACAUGGCAGCGUUGAGGUGUGUUGUGGCCGCGAUUCUCUUGGCGUUUUUCGAGCUCAGCUAUGGUAAAGUUUGCGAGAACCCCGAGGUGGUGCCGAAGGUUUACACAACCACUGAUGGGCUCGUGCUCGCAAACAUAGCAUUCAUCGCCCAGUUCCACAUGAAGUGCAAGGAAAACGUGCAGAAUGUGCCCCUGUAUGCAGACGUGAAAGGCAAGAUUGUCCCAGUGGUGAAGUCUGUCGAGAGCAACGAUUACCAAGUCAGCUGGACGGAAGAACUGAACAAGGCCCAUUCCGGAGACUACCUGAUUAGGGUGUAUGACGAAGAGGGCUACGGAGCGCUCCGAAAGGCCCAGCGCUCGGGGGAAGGUGCCCAGGGUGUGACCCCCCUUUUCACGAUCAACGUGCACCAUCCGGGUACCUACCGUGGCCCAUGGGUCCAGAGUGAAUUUGUGGCUGUGUUGGUUGCUGCACUACUGUGGUACUUUGCCUACAGUGCGAAGGCAAAGCUUCAGUCAUAGGACUUCUGUACAUGCACGCAUUCAUGUUGUUUCAUCAUGUCUGUCUUUUUGUCUCCUUUUUUUUAUACAAAAAAUAAAGGGAUCCAGUGGCACCUACAUGCCUUUCUGUCAA